GUGUGUAUCUCAUGAUUGAUGUCAAGAAACUAGUCAUGGGCCAAAGAUCAAGAUACUUCUCUGGGAAAUGCUGCUGAUGCUGCUUUACAAAGUUAGACAAUGAGUGUUUGGCUUAAGAAAGAUUUUCAUAUUUAAAGGAUUUUCAUCUUGGAUAUAUAUCAAGUGAAAAUUAGAGUCUUUUGGGAAACAUUUUCCUUCUAAUAAAUUAUACUUGUAAUGAGCGACAUGGCUAACAACUCUGUUGCUUAUGGUGGAGUAAAAAACUCUCUGAAGGAAGCUAAUCAUGAUGGAGACUUUGGAAUUACGCUCGCAGAACUGCGGGCUCUCAUGGAGCUCAGGUCUACAGAUGCAUUACGAAAAAUUCAGGAAAGCUAUGGAGAUGUCUAUGGAAUUUGUACCAGGUUGAAAACAUCUCCUAAUGAAGGUUUAAGUGGAAACCCUGCAGAUAUAGAAAGAAGACAAGCAGUGUUUGGAAAGAAUUUUAUACCUCCUAAAAAGCCAAAAACCUUUCUUCAGUUAGUAUGGGAAGCAUUACAAGAUGUCACUUUAAUUAUCUUAGAAAUUGCAGCCAUAGUAUCAUUGGGCCUUUCUUUUUAUCAACCUCCAGAAGGGGAUAAUGCACUUUGCGGAGAAGUUUCUGUUGGAGAAGAAGAAGGUGAAGGUGAAACUGGUUGGAUUGAAGGAGCGGCUAUCCUCUUGUCAGUCGUCUGUGUGGUCUUAGUAACAGCUUUCAAUGACUGGAGUAAGGAAAAACAGUUUAGAGGUUUGCAGAGUCGAAUUGAACAAGAACAGAAGUUCACAGUCAUCAGGGGUGGGCAGGUUAUUCAGAUACCUGUAGCUGACAUUACUGUUGGAGACAUUGCUCAAGUGAAAUACGGUGAUCUUCUUCCAGCUGACGGCAUACUCAUUCAAGGCAAUGAUCUUAAAAUUGAUGAAAGCUCAUUGACUGGUGAAUCUGAUCAUGUUAAGAAGUCUUUAGAUAAGGAUCCCUUACUUCUAUCAGGUACUCAUGUAAUGGAAGGUUCUGGAAGAAUGGUAGUUACUGCUGUAGGUGUAAAUUCUCAAACUGGAAUUAUCUUUACCUUACUUGGAGCUGGAGGUGAAGAGGAAGAAAAGAAAGAUGAGAAGAAAAAAGAAAAGAAAAAUAAGAAACAAGAUGGAGCUAUUGAGAAUCGCAACAAAGCAAAAGCCCAGGAUGGUGCAGCCAUGGAAAUGCAGCCUUUAAAGAGUGAAGAAGGCGGAGAUGGUGAUGAAAAAGACAAAAAGAAAUCAAAUUUGCCAAAAAAGGAAAAAUCUGUUUUACAAGGAAAGCUUACAAAAUUGGCUGUUCAGAUUGGCAAAGCAGGUUUGUUGAUGUCUGCCAUCACUGUCAUCAUUCUAGUGUUAUAUUUUGUAAUUGAUACAUUCUGGGUUCAAAAGAGGCAAUGGCUUGCUGAGUGCACACCAAUUUACAUACAAUAUUUUGUGAAGUUCUUUAUUAUUGGAGUUACAGUUCUAGUGGUAGCAGUGCCAGAAGGUCUUCCACUUGCAGUCACUAUCUCACUGGCUUACUCAGUCAAGAAAAUGAUGAAAGAUAAUAACUUAGUAAGGCAUCUGGAUGCUUGUGAAACCAUGGGAAAUGCUACAGCUAUUUGUUCAGAUAAAACAGGAACAUUGACAAUGAACAGAAUGACAGUUGUUCAAGCUUACAUAAAUGAAAAACAUUAUAAAAAGGUUCCUGAGCCAGAAGCUAUUCCACCAAAUAUUCUCUCCUAUCUUGUAACAGGAAUUUCUGUGAAUUGUGCUUAUACAUCAAAAAUAUUGCCACCAGAGAAAGAGGGUGGAUUACCUCGUCAUGUUGGUAAUAAAACUGAAUGUGCCUUGUUGGGACUUCUUUUGGAUUUAAAGCGGGAUUAUCAGGACGUUAGAAAUGAAAUACCAGAAGAAGCACUGUACAAAGUCUACACCUUCAAUUCUGUUAGGAAGUCCAUGAGUACUGUCCUGAAAAAUUCAGAUGGAAGUUACCGAAUAUUCAGCAAGGGUGCAUCUGAGAUAAUUCUGAAAAAAUGUUUCAAAAUCUUGAGUGCUAAUGGUGAGGCAAAAGUAUUCAGACCAAGGGACCGUGAUGAUAUUGUAAAAACCGUGAUUGAACCAAUGGCAUCAGAGGGCUUGAGAACCAUAUGUCUUGCAUUCAGAGAUUUCCCAGCAGGCGAACCGGAACCAGAAUGGGAUAAUGAAAAUGAUAUUGUCACCGGCCUUACGUGCAUUGCUGUUGUGGGGAUUGAAGAUCCUGUGAGACCUGAGGUACCAGAUGCAAUAAAGAAAUGUCAGAGGGCUGGAAUUACUGUGCGGAUGGUCACUGGUGAUAAUAUUAAUACUGCUCGUGCCAUUGCUACCAAGUGUGGUAUUUUGCAUCCUGGAGAAGAUUUCCUGUGCCUAGAAGGUAAAGAUUUCAACAGAAGAAUUCGAAAUGAAAAAGGAGAGAUUGAGCAAGAGCGGAUAGACAAGAUUUGGCCAAAGUUACGAGUUCUUGCAAGAUCAUCUCCUACUGAUAAACAUACACUGGUUAAAGGUAUAAUUGACAGUACUGUCUCAGAACAACGCCAGGUUGUAGCUGUAACCGGUGAUGGUACAAAUGAUGGCCCAGCACUAAAGAAAGCUGAUGUUGGAUUUGCUAUGGGCAUCGCUGGAACUGAUGUAGCUAAGGAAGCGUCUGAUAUUAUUCUCACAGAUGACAACUUUACAAGCAUUGUUAAAGCAGUUAUGUGGGGACGAAAUGUCUAUGACAGCAUCUCAAAAUUCCUUCAGUUCCAGCUUACUGUUAAUGUAGUAGCAGUGAUUGUUGCUUUCACGGGUGCCUGUAUUACUCAAGACUCACCACUUAAAGCUGUGCAGAUGCUAUGGGUAAACCUUAUAAUGGACACGCUCGCUUCCCUGGCUCUGGCAACUGAACCACCGACCGAGUCCCUCUUGCUUCGGAAACCUUAUGGUAGAAAUAAGCCUCUUAUCUCACGCACAAUGAUGAAGAAUAUUUUGGGUCAUGCGUUCUAUCAACUUGUAGUAGUCUUUACACUCUUGUUUGCUGGAGAAAAGUUUUUUGAUAUUGAUAGUGGAAGAAAUGCUCCUUUGCAUGCUCCUCCUUCGGAACAUUAUACUAUUGUUUUUAAUACCUUUGUGCUGAUGCAACUUUUCAACGAAAUAAAUGCCCGGAAAAUUCAUGGUGAAAGAAAUGUGUUUGAAGGAAUCUUUAAUAAUGCCAUCUUCUGCACAAUUGUUUUAGGCACUUUUGUGGUACAGAUAAUAAUUGUGCAGUUUGGUGGAAAGCCUUUCAGUUGUUCAGAACUUUCAGUAGAGCAGUGGCUAUGGUCAAUAUUCCUAGGAAUGGGGACCUUACUCUGGGGCCAGCUUAUUUCAACAAUUCCAACUAGUCGUUUAAAAUUCCUAAAAGAAGCUGGUCAUGGAACACAAAAGGAGGAAAUACCUGAGGAGGAGUUAGCAGAGGACGUGGAAGAGAUUGAUCACGCUGAAAGGGAAUUGCGGCGUGGCCAGAUCUUGUGGUUUAGAGGUCUGAACAGAAUCCAGACACAGAUUCGAGUGGUGAAUGCAUUUCGUAGUUCUUUAUAUGAAGGGUUAGAAAAACCGGAAUCAAGAAGUUCAAUUCACAACUUUAUGACACAUCCUGAGUUUAGGAUAGAAGAUUCAGAGCCUCAUAUCCCCCUUAUUGAUGACACUGAUGCUGAAGAUGAUGCUCCUACAAAACGUAACUCCAGUCCUCCACCUUCUCCCAACAAAAAUAACAAUGCUGUUGACAGCGGGAUUCACCUUACAAUAGAAAUGAACAAGUCUGCUACCUCUUCAUCCCCAGGAAGCCCACUACAUAGUUUGGAAACAUCACUCUGAUUGUAAGCUGAAUGUUAACACACUAGCUGCAUUGUAAAGAAACAAAUUGAAACUGGGUCUUUUCACAUAUUGUGACGGACAAGAUAGUAUUCUUGUCUUUGGACUUCAACAGAAGACACACUUGUACGAAUGUAGAUUUAUUUUUUUAAAAAAAAAAAGCAAAGCUUUCUGCCAGACUGAGGGUGCUUUUUGGGGGGUGGGAGAAACGAACUGACAGAUAACAGUAACUCAGCGUAAGUUGACCUGUGGAUCAUCAGUAGUAUCUAAGAGUGGUCCUGACAGUGUAUAGCAGAGCUUGAGUUUAUCUCAGUCCUUGAUGGGAGAGAGGGAGGAGGAAGGCUGGGCAGCAAAGAGCCCUGGAUCAUUGAACUGAUACUUUGAUUUCUGCUGUUGGCUGUUAAUAAUUUGGAUUAUUUAUGUUUAUAAAUGAUACAGAUCUGUUUACAAGGUUUGUAGAUACUUUUUCGUUCCUGUUCAUAGAUGGGAAGCUUCCUUAUAACUGAUGCAGAGAAAAAUUAGUCCUUCAAAUACUGCUGUAUUUUCAGGAAAAAAAAAAGGGGGUGUUUCUAUUGAAACUGUACUAAAUUUUUGCCUACAAUUUACCUUGUUAAAUAUUGUAGAUAAAUUGCUAAUACUAAUAGCCAAAUAGAUAACACUAAUGCUUUGUUUAAAAAAACAUAAAAACAAAACAAAACAAAAAAAAAAAACAUGAGCAGUGGUGUUCUAAUGAAGUUAUGGCAUCUGUCCUAAUUAGUUUCUUAAAUACAUUUACUAUUAAUGGUUUUGAAACAACUGUUUAAUUUUUAAAAUUUUUGAAAACUUGCUAAUAACCUUUUGUUCAGAACUUAGUAGAUUGUUUAAUGCAGGACAUCAACUACAUAAUGAAAGAUGCUUGAAAUGCUUUUGUUAUUUCAGGCAAAUCAAAUUAAAUCAAAUUAUCAAACUA